UCGUUCUCGCUCUCGCUCUCGUUCUCGCUCGCGUUCGCGGUCACGAAGUCGCAGUCCAGACCGCUGGAAUCGCAGCAUGAAUCGCAGCAGCAGCAGCAGGAGUCCGAGUCCGAGCCACUGGGACAAUCGCGACCGAGACCGAGAUCGCGACCGCGACUAUCGAGAUCGAAGACCUCAUGAUCGAGACCGAGACUUUAGAGAUCGAGAUCGCGACCGAGACCGAGAUUACCGAGACCGGGACCGAGACAAAGACCGAGACAGAGACCGAGACAGAGACAGAGAGCGACCGAUCGCGCGAAACGUCUCGACGGCAUCCCGCUACAUACAACAAGAGCGAGAGCGUGCUCGUGAGAUGCAAGAGCGGCUGAACGAGCAACAAGGGCUGGACGAGGCGGCUGCAGCGGCGACAGAAGCCCCAGCAAUGGACGAGGCCCAGCUCGAAGCCAGCAUUAAGCAACGCAUUUCCGCUGCCAAGCUCGCUACCUUUGCUGUUGGCCAGCAAACAGUUACUCCGUAUGCAAAGCGGAAAGCAGAGGAGGAUGCUCGCAAAAAGGCUACUGAACUGGAAGCAGCACGCGUGUACGAAGAAUUUGUCUCGUCCUUUAUGAAUCCACCGUCUGGAAGAGAUUCCAAGAGCGGUGGUAGCCGCGGUUCAUCGUUCGUGAGCGCUGGCUUUGUUCAACACGGACGCUCCACUGAAGCCCCGACAUUGCCGUCUGCAGCCAAACCAUCCUCAGACACUCCUGCAAGCAAGAGCACAACGUUCGACCGCACAAAGCUGGCAGCGGCAGUGGACGACCAAGCAUACGAAGAGAUGCAGCAGCAAAUGGAAAGUCUCUCGCAACCAAAGGCGCGGGCUCCGUCUUCUCAGCCGCCGACGUUGCGUGCCACAUCUGUUUUUGACGACGGGGCGGCCGCGGAGGAGGAGGAGCCGCAACCCAAGAAGAAGGACAAACAAAAGAAGAAGAGCAACCUUGAGCUUUUCAAAGAGGAACUCCGACAAAAGCAAGAGAUUCGCGACGACCGCAACAAGCAGCGCGAGGCAGCAAGCAUUCUCGGAUCGCGACCGUCGGCAAGCAGCAGCAAGAGUGACGCAGACGACGAUGUCUUCCCGACGCGCGGCGGCUCGUUCGACACGGGGGAUCCGACCACCACGAACAUCUUCCUGAGCAAUCUCCACCCAACGGUGGACGAGGAGUUGCUGUGCAUGACAUUUGGUCCCAUCGGCCCACUUGCCAGCGUGAAAAUCAUGUGGCCUCGCUCCGAGGACCAAGUCAGGCGUGGUCGCAACAGUGGGUUUGUUGCGUUCAUGACGCGCCAAGCCGCAGAGAAAGCACUCGAGCAAACGCACGGGAUGGUGCUGAACGGAAUGGAGAUUCGCGGUGGCUGGAGCAAGGCCAUUGCCAUUCCUGCCAACCCCGUGUAUGUCCACACGGCGGCAAGCGUUCCGAAGUUGCCCUUCAACGCACAGCCUCGCACCACGCGUGCUGGCGCUUCCGUCCCUCCGCCAUCGUCCCAGGGCAACGACCCAGACGUUGAUCCUGCCGUGCUGACUGCGCAAGUCCAAGUUGUCAUCCCAAGUAACGCGACAGUGCUCCGUCUGAUUCAUCGCGUGAUUGAAUUUGUGGUCCAGUACGGACCCGCGUUUGAGGCGCAUAUCAUUGAUCGCGAGUCGCAAGGCGAAAACGCAGAGCAAUUCCGCUUUUUGACCGACUUCCUGUCGGAGGAGCACGUGUAUUAUCGGUGGAAGCUGUUUUCAGUGCUGCAAGGCGACCACCGUCGCGAUGGCUGGUCCACUGAAGAGUUUAGAAUGUUUCAGAAUGGCUCGUGGUGGGUCCCUCCGCCACAUCCCGCGCCAGGCACUGCUGGGCGGCACCGUCGUCUCGAUCGCACGAGCCAGAAGCCUGCUCGCACGGAGCGCGACCAUGAUCCAACACGGCAGCCGGCCCAGCUCACGGGAGCCAUGUCCGUUGCUGCGAUUAGCACCUCCAAGCACAUGACUGACGCAGAGGCGGAGGAGCUCGAGUUUCUGCUCCAUCGCGUCAACCUCGAAGCGACGCGCAUUGCCGAUCUGAUGAUUUUUGCGCUCUCCCACGCUUCAGCGGCAGACGAGAUUGUGGAUUGCAUUGUGGACGCGCUGUCCUUGAUUGAGACCCCGCUCAACGUUAAGAUUGCACGCUUUUAUGUCAUUUCGGAUAUUCUCCACAACAGUCUCGCUUCAGUACCGAACGCGAGUCAGUAUCGACGAAGGUUUGAACAGAAGCUUCCUGAAAUCGUUCCGCACCUUGCAGCGACCUAUCGAGCCAUUGUAGGUCGCAUUCGUGCCGAGCAGUUCAAGAGUCAAGUCAUGGCGGCUUUUCGAGCAUGGGAAGAACGCUCGUUGUUUGUGCCAGAGUUUCUCGCCAGUCUGCGCGCCGCCUUUUUGGCCGCUCCCAAGACCCACGCGACCGCUGGCGCCCUUUUCACCAUUGCCAACCCCUCAGCACCCCAGCAGCCUAUUCAAACGUCAGCCUCCAAGGCCGAGGCCGGCGGCGGCAUCACCAAAACAACCAACAACUGGCGACCAGUCUUGGCCGCGCCAGAAGUCAACGUUGCCGAUCUCGACGGAGAGCCCUUGGACGACAUUGAUGGCGAGCCCUUGGACGACAUCGAUGGUGUACCUAUGGAAGAUUAAAUCAAGCGGCAGUGUUUGAUGGCUCCGAUUAAAGAAUAUUCUUUUCAAG